AUUUCAAUGACAUUAAAGUUAACCAUUAAUUCAAUGAAUCGUUUCGUGUGUACAACAAACCCAUUGAAAGGCAGUAAUCAUUGAAAUCAUUGAUUGAGUUGUGAUUCACAUAUAAUUAGCGCAUAAUUACUGCAAACGAAACACCGAUUAAAGCGAUAAUCACGCGAUCGUUGGCGCAGACAAUGAAAGGCCGGAAGCAGUCGGGAAGUGACGGCCAAUCGGGUGGUGAGACCUCAUCCCUCCUGCAGGACGUGAAGCAGAUGUGCAGCAAAUUGAGUCUUAAGAACCGAAACGCCGCUGAACUCAACCUCUUGUUGUCCAACCCUCACGUGGCCGGACUCGCAGAGGCCCACGACAACUGUCUCACCAAGGAUUACGACGGCAGAGGGGAUACUCCCGACGGCAACAUCCAGUCCUACGAAAUGGAUGUCUUCGGCAGUGAGUCCGGCGAUGAGGCCAUCACUCAAGCCAUACGAAUGGUCGGCAUCAGGAAGUCGGACAACGAACCACUCGGUAUGACAGUGGCUCUCGAGGACGGCCUAAUAGUGAUCGCCCGCAUACUGGCCGGCAGUGUCAUCGACAGACAGGGAUUACUACACGUGGGAGACGUGAUACUGGAGGCCAAUGGCAUAGAGAUAACGAGUCCGGAACAGCUGCAGGAGGAGCUCCGCAAAUGCAAGGGAGGGGUGACUCUGAAGGUGUCGCCGUCGAGUAAGGACGUGCCGCAGCCCUCCAUCUGCUAUAUGCGGGCCCUCUAUAACUACGACCCCACGGAAGACAGUCUACUGCCGUGUCGUGAAGUGGGUCUCGCCUUCAAACAGGGAGACAUUCUCGAGAUCGUCAACACAGAGGACCCGAACUGGUGGCAGGCGAGGAGUGUGGAGGCGCCCCACACUCACGCCGGGCUCAUCCCGUCGCAGGAACUGGAGGAGCGGCGCCGGGCGUUCGUGAGGCCCGAGUUUGACUACGCGACCCGAACCAGCAUUUGUGGCACAAAAAUCACCAAAAAGAAGAAGAAGGAGAUGUAUCAGCUUCAGGCCAACGCCGACUUCGAUAAGGCAGAGCUCCUGCUGUACGAAGAGGUGUGUCGGACGCCGCCCUUCGAGCGCAAGACCCUGAUCCUGGUGGGCGCUCAGGGGGUGGGACGGCGUACGCUCAAGUCUCGCAUAAUAGCGUACGACACGGACAGGUUCGCCACACCACUGCCCCACACCUCCCGACCCAUUCGCGAUGGAGAACAGGACGGAAAGCAAUACCAUUUCGUGCGCCGGGAUAUAAUGGAGGGCGAGAUUGCGGACAACAAGUACCUGGAGUUCGGCGAAUUCCAGGACCACCUCUACGGCACUAGAUUGGAUUCCAUUCGCGCUAUCAUUAGAUCCGGAAGAAUGUGUGUCAUUGACUGCAAUCCACAGAGUCUGAAAAUGUUAAAAACGGCAGAAUUCAUGCCAUACAUCGUGUUCGUGGCCGCACCACCACUCGAUCAGCUCCGGUAUAUGCAUGAGUACGGUCGCCAUCAAGGACUGGGAGGUUCGCGCUAUCAAACGUUUGACAGAGCACUGGGCCGUCACAGCUCCCGACGCGUACGGACUCUACAGAGUUUGGCCUCGUUUUACGAGGACGAGGACCUACAGGUGACCGUCGAGGAGAGCGCACGACUACAGCGCGCGUACGACAAGUUUUUUGACUUAGUUAUUGUGAACAACAACUUCGAGAAGACCUUCGAACAGCUCAGGGAUGCCGUCGACGCACUCACUAUUGAACACCAGUGGGUGCCCAUCGAUUGGGUAUACAGUGAUGACUGAGUAGUGGACCACCAGUUCCGCUAUUUAUAUGCAAAC